CCCCCUUCCUGUCAGAGUCUGUUGGUUUAGAACCGCGUCAGAGGAAAAUGAGUUUGCAAGCUCCUUCCCGGUAUGUUUUGGGUCUGGAUGUUGGUACAAGCUCGGUAAAGGCAGUGUUGUUGGAGGCUGAGAGCCGGGCAGUGGUUGACAGUCAGACAAAGAAAACUAAAGCAGACAUCAGCAGCCUGGAUGGAGAGAAGUGUCGGGAACAGGAUGUUGCUCGGAUUGUGUCAGCCGUUAACAGCUGUGUUGCUGCUCUGCCCAGAGAGCAUCUCUGCAAGGUGGUGAGAAUUGGAGUCUCCGGACAGAUGCAUGGUGUUGUAUUGUGGAAAAGUGAGGAAGGUUGUAUUUGGCAGGGAGGUGAAACAGGUUUCACGUUCCAGCCCAAGAAGACUAGUCACCUGAUCACAUGGCAAGAUGGUCGCUGCAGCCGUGAGCUUCUCGAUUCACUCACCCGGCCUGAUUCCCAUCUCAGCCUCGCCACCGGCUUUGGCUGUGCCACCAUUUUCUGGUACAUGAGAAACAGGCCCCAGUUUUUGGAGUCCUAUAAUGCAGCAGGGACCAUCCAUGACUAUGUUGUGGCUGUCUUGUGUGGGCUUAGGAGACCACUGAUGUCAGCCCAGAAUGCUGCCAGUUGGGGCUAUUUUAAUACCAGAUGUGGGACUUGGAAUCUGCAAAUAUUGCGGGAUUCUGGAUUUCCUACAUACCUGCUGCCUGUGGUGGUGGAAUCUGGUGCGAUUGCUGGAAAGACAGAUCACGAAUGGUACGGUGUGCCAGAAGGGACAGAAGUUGGUGUGGCACUGGGUGAUUUCCAAUGUUCUGUGUACUCAUGCAUGACUGAGACAACAGAUGCAGUUUUGAAUAUCGGUACUUCUGCCCAAUUGACCUUUGCCUUGAUUCCUGGCUUCCAGCCACCAGCUCACCCCGACCCCACCGCGAGUAUUGCAUAUUUUCCAUAUUUUGACGGAAUUUACUUGGUUGUGGCUGCUGCACUGAAUGGUGGAAACGUACUGGCUUCCUUCAUUGAGAUGCUGAAACAAUGGAUGCAGGAGUUGGGACUGGAGGUUCCAGAAUCUGUCAUCUAUUCUCGAUCAGUACACGCUGCUCUAACCAUUACUGACACUGACCUUGCAGUGCAGGCAACCCUUUUUGGAGAGAGGCAUUCACCUGACCAGCUGGCUUCAGUGACCAACAUCUCCCCGUCUAACCUCUCCUUGGGUCAUAUGACCAGAGCGCUGUGUCGCGGCAUUGUGAAAAACCUGAGCUCCAUGUUACCAUGCCAACAGUUGAUUGAGUCUGGGGUACAGAGGAUUAUGGGCAGCGGGAGUGCACUGAUCUGCAACGAUGUGCUGAAGCAGGAGGUGGAGAAAGCUUUCACCCUUCCCAUUGUGUACGGGAAGAAUGUGGAUUCAGCAGUCGGUGUUGCUAUGGUGAUGCUUGACCGGAAAUAGGGAGGCAAGAAACUCCCAAAAGUGCAAUCAGGAGAAUCUAAAUCGCUGUCCACUCGGAGUGUCUGAACUGAUCACAAUGUUUUCCCAUUAAUUAAGGAAAAUAUAUGAAAGAGUUGGCAAAAGUAAUCAACCAUCUCUUAUCCAGCAUGGUUCAACCAUUGAACACAACUGGAGUGAACUUGGUGCAAAUGCAGAGUUAAUGCUGACUGAGUAACAUCACUAUCUGUCCUUCUUGUUUUAGUUGUUGACAUAAUAUCAUUGCUGAAGUCGGCCCAUCAUUCUACUGGAUUGGCCACAUUCCAGUUUUUCUCUCUCUCUCUCACACACACACACAAGCAUAUGGAUGAAGAGGACACCUCUGUAACAAGUUUGGACUCUCUGUGGGAAAGCAAUGUUGAAGAAAAUAAAGCAAAGGCCAGCAUUAGAUUGCUGGAACUUGUACAUGUCAGUGAUCAUGGCCUCUGCAACACCACACAAAACAUCAAACUAGUCCAGUCCUAUUGCUCUCCAUUUCUGACCUCCCCAUUAACAAGUAUCCCGUUCCUCACAGAGAUGUUUGUGGCUCCACUUGACCCUCCAGCUUCUCUCAUGCACUGAUUCACUCGCAGAAGUAUGGGGUGAUCUGCCUCCUAACUCAGUGUGGUGCAGGAUGGAGCUUGGAGAUCUGUCUGCAUUUUUCUGUCAUGUUGCACCCACCAGCGUCACUUUCAUAUCAGUCUUGUGCCAUUCUUGACAAGGGGGACGUUAGAUUGCCUGUCAAUCUUUGAGUUUGUAUUUUCAACCACAAACGAGCAUAUAUGCAAAUAUACAAAUUAGGAGCAGAAGUAGUCCAUUCGGCCCUUCAAACCUGCUCUGCCAUUUGGUGUGAUCGUGGAUAAUAUGUUUGUGUUAAAAAUGUACUAUGGAAUGUUUUGAACCUCUGAAGUAAUCUAUAAUUGAUCGCAGGGUAGUCAUUGUUAGUUGUAUACAUGUAAGUACAACUCUGUGCAAAUAAAAUAUACUGGAAAAUUUACUUUUGACAAUUCCUAUAAUUUUG